ACCUGUAAACGAAUUGAAUGGUCCACACUAACCAGUGAAAACGAAGCUGACAAAGAAGUAUAAUUGUUUAUCCAUCCAUGGUGAGUGCAUGCUUUUGGUCAAUAGUAAGACCAUCAUCGCCUCUUAUCAUCCUUCCCGAUACAAAUUGCAGAUGGAUUCAAAACCCUAAUCGACCAGUUCAUUUCACUUUGCGAGGACACCACACAAAGAACAAUUCACCUUGGAGAUGCAUCAGAGUUCUUCAAGAUGGAACUAGCGUCCUCUCUCCCGACGACGCCGUUUCUUUGCCAAAGCCAGAGACUAUUGAUACUGAAGAUGAAGUGGUUAAUGGAGGAAUUGUGGACGCUGAAGUAGUAGUAGAUGAGAAUAACCUAAAUUCGACAAAAGCUUCUUCGAAAAGAAUUGAGAAGAAAGAAGAUGAGGAAAAGGAGAGCUAUGACGAUAGGUUCAAGCUGCGAAACGGAAGAGAGGUUUUUGAGGAGAAAGCUUACCUCGUAGGUGUUCAGCGCAAAGGUGAUAGAGAGGAUACCUUUAGUAUAGAGGAAUCACUCAAGGAAUUGGCCCAACUAGCAGACACCGCUGGACUCAUGGUUGUUGAUUCUACAUAUCAAAAACUUGCUUCUCCAAACUCAAGGACAUACAUUGGAGCUGGCAAGGUUGCAGAAAUCAAGAGUGCAAUCCAUGCAUUUGGUGUUGAGACUGUAAUAUUUGAUGAUGAGCUUUCAGCAGGACAAUUGCGUAAUUUGGAAAAGGCUUUUGGCGGAGAUGUUAGAGUUUGUGACCGCACUGCCCUUAUAUUGGAUAUCUUUAACCAGCGAGCAGCAACGCAUGAAGCAGCUUUGCAGGUUGCCUUGGCACAAAUGGAAUACCAAUUACCACGACUUACAAAAAUGUGGACUCACCUUGAGCGUCAAGCCGGAGGGAAGGUUAAGGGAAUGGGUGAGAAACAAAUUGAAGUUGACAAGCGUAUUUUACGUACUCAAAUUGGUGGUCUUAAAAAAGAGCUAGAAUCAGUUCGAAAACAUCGAAAGCAGUACCGGAACAGACGUACUUCUGUACCUAUUCCUGUGGUAUCCUUGGUUGGGUACACAAAUGCUGGAAAGAGUACACUUUUAAAUCGAUUGACAGGGGCUAAUGUUCUUGCUGAGGAUCGAUUAUUUGCUACACUUGAUCCUACUACAAGAAGGGUGCAGAUGAAGAAUGGGAAGGAGUUUCUUCUUACAGAUACUGUUGGAUUCAUCCAAAAGCUACCAACUACGCUGGUUGCUGCCUUCAGGGCAACAUUAGAGGAAAUCUCAGAGUCAUCACUCCUGGUGCAUGUGGUGGACAUUAGCCAUCCACUGGCAGAGCAACAGAUAGACGCUGUGAACAAAGUUCUUUCACAAUUGAAUGUGUUAUCAAUUCCAAAGUUAACGGUGUGGAACAAGGUUGACAAAGCUAGCAAUCCUCAUAAAAUCAAGUUAGAAGCAGAGGAAAAAGAAGAUAUUGUAUGCAUAUCUGCUUUAAAUGGUGACGGGUUAGAGGAAUUCUGCAAUGCAGUUCAGGAGAAACUGAAGGAUUCCAUGGUUUGGGUGGAAGCUUUGAUUCCAUUUGACAAAGGAGAACUCCUCAGUAACAUACAUCAGGUCGGAAUGGUUGAGAGAACUGAAUACACUGAGAAUGGAACAUUGGUCAGGGCAUAUGUACCCCUCCGUUUUGCGAGGCUUCUAACACCAAUGAGGCAGCUGUAUGUAUCAUGAACUCCCAAACUUAGUUGGAUAACAAUCCAAAGUUGCAAGUGUGGGAUACCCUUCCGGACAUGAUUGUAGCCGCUAGCCAGAGCUGUCUCUUGCAAAAAAGCCUGGAAUAUACUACAACAGUAUGGUAAUAACCCUUUCUUACAGUUCUCGGCAUUAAUGUUUAAUUUGACAGGUCAAAACUUUUGAUCAUGUCAUAUGAAUAUGAGAGAGAGAGAUUUCAUGGCAUUCUUGUAUUAUCAGUCUGGCCAAGGCUUGUGUACAUAGCAUGUACAUUCGGUACAAGUAAUAUUGAAAAACUGUGAUAAAUGUCUAACGUCUCAAUUUCUCUUCCUUUUAGAUAUGGUUCCCUGCAAAAUAAAAAAUAAAAAAUAGCAUCGAUGUCACAGUCCUGUGUGGAGGUUUCUCUUUUCACUAGAAGAGCAAAAUAAUGGGGAAAAAAAAUCAUUAUUAAGGUAUUGCUGGAAUUCAGCAAUUUGGGGGGUGGGGUUGGAAAUGAGAGUUCGAAACAGUGCAAUGGGGUGUCAUGAGUUUGAGAUUCAUACAGCAUUGCUUCGUGUCAAAAGAGUAUCAUUGGCAUUGAGGGAGCAAUGAAGUUUGUGAGUAAUCAUAAUUUUAGCUUAAUUAAGGCUGGUAAUUCAGGAGAUAUUAUUUAAGUGCAGUGUUCAGCUGAAAAUAUGGGCUACGGAAGCAAAGUGCUAAUCAAAUAUAUGUCAAUAAUUGACCAAGGCAUUCAUGUGGAUGACAAACCCUCUUCUGCAUUUGUUCUUGGAGCAGGUGAAACUGAAACCAAAACUCUCAAGAAUCAGCAAAAACCAAUCUCUCUCUCUCUCUCUCUCUCUCUCUCUAUAUAUAUAUAUAUAUAUAUGAUGAUGAUUUAAAGAGUCUUGUGUAUCCAUAGUUGGUGUCUUCUUGUGAGGAUUUGGUAGGCAGAGUGGUUAAUUUGAUCACAUGAGCUCAAUACGGUUGCAGAGGUAAUGUUUGCAAUUUCGAUUUUUCAAAUUGCACUUCACUCGAUUAAAAAAAAAAAAAAAAAAAAAA